AUGAGGUUAUCGAGCAAACGCUGGCAGCAUUGUUCAGCGGCGGCCACGUAUUGGUGGAAGACGUGCCCGGGGAUCGGCAAAACCACGUUGGCGCGCUCACUCGCCUACUCGCUGGACUGCGAUUUUCGCCGCAUACAGUUUACGCCUGACCUGAUGCCGUCUGACAUUACGGGCAUCCACUACUACAACCAGCGCAGCGGGGAUUUUGAAUUCAGGCCGGGGCCGGUGAUAUCCCAGAUAGUGCUGGCUGAUGAGAUCAACCGGGCCACUCCCCGGACGCAGUCGGCGUUGCUGGAAGCGAUGGGCGAGCAGCAGGUUACCGUUGACCAGGAAACGGUGCCUUUGCCGGUUCCGUUUCUGGUGUUGGCAACCCAGAACCCCAUCGAGCUGGAAGGGACGUUUCCGCUGCCCGAAGCACAAAUCGACCGCUUUCUGUUGCGCUUGAGGUUGGGAUAUCCGUCGGAGGACGACGAAGAGGCGAUGCUGGAGCGGUUCGAGACCGCGGAUCCGCUAUCUUCGUUAAAACCCGUUGCAACUGCCGAAGACGUGGUACGAAUCCAGCAGAUGGUACGACGGGUGUAUAUGGAUCCGGUACUGCGUAAUUAUCUGAUGCAGUUGACACGCGCCACACGGGUUCAUCCGGACGUUGAACUGGGGGCGAGCCCGCGGGCAACAUUGGGCCUGUAUCGUUGCGCCCAGGCCCUGGCCGGAAUUCGUGGUCAGGAAUACGUUACGCCCGACGACAUAAAAUCGCUGGCGACGCCGGCGUUGGCCCACCGCAUCAUUCUAAAAAGGCAUGGCGCGCCUCCGCGAACGCAGCCAGGAGUCGGUGAUCGCCGAGUUGCUGGAGGAGCAGCCGGUGCCGAUCUAGAAGAGUCGGUACCCGGGUGGGGCUCAACGGUUCGUGGUGCGUUGCGAAAUUAA